UAUUAUAUCUCAACAAAAGCCUACUUACACUCACUAGGAGACUAGACUAGAAGAACACACUUUUCUAUCAAAAUGUCAACCGAACGAGACCAACUGGUGUGCAACGCGCGCGAUUGUUUCAAAAAAAUCGAAGGCACCGCGUGGAUUACCUGCUGCUCGCACGUGUUCUGUGCUCAGCACGGCAAAGAUGCCAAACUACGCCAAACAACGACGGGACCCUGUUGUCCGGCCUGCGGAACCCGGUUCCGUGAUGAGUUGUCCAUUGUGGAACGACAGCUCAACAGUUCGCUACAAGCCCGGGCACUGCUUUUGUGUGGCUACAAUCCGGAGGUGGUGAUGGAGAUUGCCAACAAUGCCAUUACCUUUUGGAAUUUUCAGAAGCAGCAAGUUUGUGCCAAUCUGGAAAGGAAACUGGAAUACUACCGGGAAAUGGUUUGCACUAUGAAACGAGACGGAGCUCAGCAGAAGACCGAAAACGAGGUGAAAAUUCGUAGGCUUGAGCAACAAUUGGAACAGGCCAAAGUUAAACUGAGGCAACUGGACGAUGAACGACAGGCGGCAAAAACUCGAUUUGGGGAGCCCUCCAGAUGCGUGAAGAAACGCAAACCGGACGAUUUCCUGCUGUAAGUUUGUGGGAGCCCUAAAUCCUGUGAAUUGCGCGCUUUCCAUAGAGUAAUAAAGUAGAUGAACGAAAUCAAA